AUGACCAUUCGGCAGCCAUCUAUCGCUGCUGAGCGACCGGCAUUACUGUUCAACACGUUUACUGACAAUGUUCCGGCCCCGCAUUUGACGGAAGCAGCAGUAGUCGCUGUCGAUGAUAACGGCCGGCUUCCUCUCCAAUUCGUUGACCUGCCUAGAGCCGGAAGAAACACACAGCAACACUGGUACCUCGGCAGGGCAACUAAGGGUGACAUCGUUCUGACUUACAAUGUGCAGCCACGCGAAGUCGACAUAAAAACACCGGUGGGCUCUCGGAUCGACCUUCGUCGUGACCAGGGUGGCCUGCAAGGCGUUGGCUAUUGGUUCUUGCCCCGUGUCCUUUCUGAUGCUACAUACACAAACAUUGUGCAGUGGUUGCUGCCAAGUGAUGCACCAGCGGGCACAAGGUGUGUUUGGAGUUUUGGGGAAGGACCUAAGCCCAUCUAUCUCGUUGGACGUACAGACAUCACGUGGAACUCGGUUUACAUGGUAGGCCCCAUCUGCAGUUACCCGAGUCUGGGCGAAUCGUCCACGGCAGAGUGCGUCUGCUACUGGUUUGGCUCUAUUCCAGACGAUCUCGACAAGGUGAAAGACUACAACACGGAGCUCUUUCCCAAGAUGACGGACUUUUUCCAGCGGGAGAAUGAGGAAUAUCGCAUAUUCAUCCGCAAGGCUCUCGUCGGAUUCGGUGGGUCGGGAUUUCUGGGAAGUUAUGUCCUAGAAUAUGACACUUCCAUAGAGGAGGAAAGUGACGCAGAUCUGAAGCGGUUAUUUACACAUGAGAUGGUGCACAGCUUCUCGACAUUGGAAAGCGAAGACGACGGGUCUAGCAACGAAUGGUUCGAAGAGGGUAUUGCCGAGUAUUACUCCGUCGUACUUCCUUACCGCUUUGGCAUGUGUGGGAAGCUGGACUUUAUCUCGGACGUCAACAAUCUGGUGCAGGCCUACUUCACCAGCCCGAGGAUCAAUAUGCAUAUUGACGAUGCGGCCGCGGGGUUUUUUGCGGACUGGUAUGCUGUCUGGAUUCCCUACAAGCGCGGUUGCGCUUAUUUUAUUCUUAUCGACAGUCUUUUGCGCCAGGAAACACAGAACCUGGAUAUUACGAAACGCAGUGUGUUCGAUGACAUCAUUAUCGAUCUGGCCAGGCGAAAGAAAAAGGGGGAAAAAGUCCAAAGCAAGGACUGGCUGGCCCAAGUCCAGCGGUAUCUUGGGGCCUCGUCAAACUUUUCGGUCAACGAGCACUAUCAGGGAAUGCGGAGAGGAGAAACUUUGGACUUUUCGGCUGUCUACUUCGGAGACGCACAGGCUCGUUUUGUGCGCAGCUCUAUGCCAGUUUUGAGCUUUGGCUUCGAUCGCAAAAGUCUGCGCACACGUCUUGUGACAGGCGUUGUGACGGGCUCAGCUGCUGAGCGGGCUGGCCUUCACGACGGUGAUGAAAUCGUCAGCGCCUCCAGUCACAAUCGCUGUGCCGAGUUUGGCCAGCAACUGUAUAAGCUCAUUGUCAAAAGAGGUACCCAAAAGCCUCUGAUCACGGUGGAGUUUCUGCCGAGAACAGAGAAGAAAGUGCUAAAUUGGGAGUUAUCGUGGGAGUAA